AUGGUCGACACAAUUCCAGACAUUGCGGAUACCAAAUCGCGAAAGAGCGAUGUUGAGCAUGUCGAGCAAGAUCUUCAGAAGCCACAGCUCCUCCGUGAAGACGGCCAGCAAGAGUUCCCAGAGAUCUACCUUGAAGCGCUGGCACGGUACCCAAAUGACGAAUCAAUUGACCAAGCCGAUGAGAAGCGUCUUCUCCGCAAACUGGACAUGAGAAUAUUGCCACUUCUCGGAAUCUGCUACUUUUUCUACUACGUCGACAAGACCACACUAUCUUACGCAGCGAUUUUCGGGUUAAAGGACGGCCUCAACCUGAAAGGCGAGGAAUAUUCUUGGCUAUCAAGUUGCUUCUAUUUCGGCUGGCUUAUCUGGGCCAUCCCAUCCAACCUCAUUAUGCAGCGCUGUCGUCCAGCUUGGUAUCUCUCUUUCAAUAUUUUCAUGUGGGGCGCCCUUCUUAUGGCUCAGGCCGCAGCCAAGAACUUCGGCGGCCUUCUUGCCCUUCGCGUACUGUCUGGUGCCUUUGAGGCCAUCGCAGAUCCUGCUUUUAUGUUGAUCACAUCCAUGUACUACACACGAUCUGAGCAGCCCUCUCGUAUCUCAGCGUGGUAUGCUUGGAAUGGAAUUGGUGUUGCUGGUGGUGGUCUCAUUGGAUACGGUAUUGGACAUAUCAGAGGCGCCCUAGAGUCGUGGCGCUACGAGUUCCUUGUCGUGGGUGCUUUUUGUGCAUUUUGGGCAAUUAUCCUCGCUCUCUGCCUCCCCAACUCUCCACGAACCAUCUGGGGCUUCAGCCAUGAAGAGAAGCUUAUCAUGAUCGCCCGCAUGCGUCGCAAUCAAACAGGCAUCGAGCAACGCCGUAUCAACUGGGGUCAAAUCAAGGAAGCUUAUAUGGACUACAAGACUUGGCUUUUCACCUUGUUAGGCUUUGUUUCCAACGUCCCCAACGGUGGCAUCUCCAACUUCUCCACACUUGUCAUCAAGGGUCUUGGCUUUGGGACGCUUGAGACGGCGCUGCUUGGCAUCCCGCAAGGCGCUCUGGUGGUUAUCUGGAUUGGUCUUGGUGCCUUGGCAAAUAGGUAUAUGCCGGCCAACAGUCGUACACUGGUUUGUGCACUAUUUAUGUUGCCAACCAUUGGUGGUGCCUUGGGGUUCCUUCUUGCACCAGCCAAUGCCUACAUCGGUCGUCUCAUUUGCUUCUAUCUUACUGGUUCAUACCAAGCGUCCUUCGUCAUCUCUCUUUCGCUAAUCACAUCGAACACUGGUGGCCAAUCAAAGAAAAUGAUUGUCUCUGGCAUGAUUUGGUUUGGCGCUUGCAUCGGCAAUAUCGCAAGCCCGUUCUUUUACAAAACGAACCAGGCUCCCUCGUAUCAUCUCGGUAUUGGGUCACUCUUGGUCGCAAAUUGCAUUGAGCUUGCUCUCUUCUUUGUCUUCCGGUAUGCCUUCAUCUGGGAGAACAAGCGCAAAGAGAAGCAAAGAGACGCAUUGCGUGCAAAUGACAAUUAUACCGCCGACGAGCUCAACGCCACAGCGUUUACAGACAUGACCGACAAGGAGAAUCCCAACUUUGUGUAUGUGUACUAG